ACAAAGCAAACAAGCUGUUUUGGCGGCUCCGGGUUAAAGAUGGCGUCGCCCACCAUAUCCUCCUCUUCAUCGGUCGCAACGGUAACAUGAGCAUAGCUGCUCACCUUUCAGGGGAAACCAGAUCCAGGAUCUAGACACCCUCGCAACCAGCUGCUACUACUGUAAUCCUCACCGUGCCGGCUCCAUCCGCUCGGUACCGGGGUUACCACAGCAGGCCGGGGCCGAUAACCGGGCCUAAAGGGGGGAGUUGGGAUCAGUCAAUCGGUGGCCGGUAUCAGUGAGUGGGUGGCCGGUAGCGGGCCCCGGCUAGCCGGUAUCAGUGAGUGGGUAGCCGGUAUCAGUGAGUUGGCGGUAGAAGGCGGCAGUCAUGCAGAGCAGCUCGGCCCCUCGCCCUCAGCCCGGCUGGCACAAGGAGCACCUAUGGCUGGCCCUGCAGGCUCUGGGCUUUGAGCCGGACUCGGAGGCGGCUUUGACUGGCAAGACCAUGGCUCAUGUAACGUUUGGAGUGAGCAUGUUUGACAAACCAAACAAGGAUGCUUUUUAUGUGGUUUUUCAUUUUCUGUUUUCAAAGCUGGAUAGUACUCGUUGUAAGGAAGCUUUCAGAUAUUGUUGGCCCCCAGUGGAUAAGAAACGGGAUGCUGAAUUCCGGAAAGUGUGCUGUGAGUGGCUGCGAAAGAUUUCAGAAGAUGCUGGUAAUGGCUUUCCUCAAGUUGUGGCAUCAAUCUUUCUUUCACCUGGUGGGCCAAAGUUUGUGCAUCUCUUGUACCACUUUGUACGAUAUGUUAUGCUACAGCAUAUUAGAAAAGAUGAUCUUGUUCCAGUAUAUCUUAAUAACCCUGACUAUUCUAUGGCAGGUUCUAAUUCAUAUGUCACAGAAGCACUGCAAGUUAGGAUUCAGGAUCCUCAAAAAGCGUUGGCAAGAAACAUGGGUGCACGUUACAGAUACUUACAGGUUUUGCAGAGGGAGAACUUUGUGAUAACAGAGUACCAGCGAAAAGCCCAAAUUCUUGUGAAACAAAUCAGGGAACUGCGUUCAGAUUGUGUGGCAUUGGAAAACCAGAACAGAUCAGGAAAUGUAAGCACAGACAGGUGCAGAAAUGAGAAAGUGGAGAAGAUACGAUACAUGUGGAAUGUAAUUAUGCAGAGCUUGAAAACAAUUGAGAAGGAAGUGGAAGUUGUUGACUCGGUGAUUAAGGGAAACGUCGAUCAGUACUGUUUAGAUGGAUCCAAUGUUACUUUAAACAUUCCAGAUACACUAGUGGCCAGAAUUGAAAAUGAAAUGUACAGGUUACAGAUGGAGAAUGUGUAUGAAGCUGGCAAGGUGAACCUCAUAACUGUUAUCCAGCUUUUAAAUGAAGCUCUAAUGAUUGUGAAACAGGAACGCUGCAAACAAAACUGCAAAGGUGUACCUCUAGAUUUGCAGUAUCUUGCUGGGAAAGCAAAAUUUGAGAUGGAUAUUCUAACAAGACUGAUGAACAUAAGGCACAAAAUAAAAAGAGAAAAUAUUGUAGCAAUAGAUAAGGUGAUUGCUGAAACAGAAAAAGAAUGGGAGAAAAAAUGGACAAAGGUCCUUGGCAAGUCUCCUUUUGGCGUCUAUAAGAUUCUUGAUCUGCAGCCUUCUACCUUUUCCCAUCAACCUGCUUUAGAAGAGGAAUUCAGCAGUAUUUUGGGCCAGUUUGCUCCAUGUUUACCAGAAGAGCUCUCAAAAGAAACUCCCACAAAGCCCCUAACCAGAGAAGAUGGUGCAUUACGGAAGAGUUUUGUAGAUGCGUCAAUAUUUACACCCACUGGAAGGAAUCCCCUUUCUUUACGUGGCCAGACUCCUAUUCUUAAACGCAGAAUGUCUUUAAAUGAGCAGGACUUCCGAACACCUUCUCCUUAUGCAAAAGAUGGUUUUCUGGAGCUUACUCCAAAGUCUGCAGGGAAUAAAAGACUAUCUGACACAAGUUGGAAAGUUGGAAGUAGUUUGCUGGCAAUAUCUCCAUCACCAUGUAAAGAUCCGAUGAGUGCAGCACGUCAUCAGCUUGCACAGCAGGUUGCAGACUUAAUUGCUUCAGAAUCUCCAAGAACUUCAGAAGGGAGAGCUGGAGAGUUGGAGGAUUUACUUGGCAUGUUAUCUUCUGAUCCUUUCCUAUCUAAAAAGGAGAUCCCACGGACACCUGAGAACUUGCUUUCUGAUAUCCGAAGUUCCUGGCGAAAAGCCAUUGAGUCAGAAUCUUCAGAUGUUGUGGCUAGUUCCUUGGAGGCUCCGUGUUUGGAUUCCCCAUCAGAGCUUGAUUCUGCUCACUGCAGUCAGAUAGAUCUGAGCAUGGCCUGCUUUAUGUCCACCUCUCACAUUUCAGACCAUAAUGAUUCUUUGGAUGCCCGGUUUCUUCCAAGCACUGGAACACCUGUACAACAGCAACUUUUAACCACUAUCCACAACACAAAUGGGACUAAUACUUUGGAGAAAGGACUCUCUCUUCCCAUAAAGAAAAGUGUUUCAGAGUCAUUAACACUACCUGUGGACAAAAGUAAAAUUUGUGUGUUCAAGAUUGAGUCUCCUAACAUGUCAGUGAACAACCCUUUGCUUAUCUCUGUUCCCAGAGAUGAAAAUACUUCUGAACAUGUGCUUUCAUGGGAUUCCUCCAAAAUGGUAGGCAAUGGUGAAGACAGCUCUGAAGUAAUCCAAUUUGGCAUUUUGCAUGAAACACUUCCAGAUAAGUUGGGAAACCUAAGUUUUAAUAGCGACACAAGUGCAGAGACCAAUGAAAUUGUACAGACCCGGAUGCCAGAUCUCCUAUUGGACAAAACACAGAUUUUGACUCCUGAGCGUAAAAUGGACAUACAAUCAAUACGCAGCCGCUAUGAAGCGCUUAAAAGCACUCUCCUUACCUCUCUGACAGAGAGUGGGAAAAGUGACCAGCACACUCCCAGCAGGUUCACAAAGCAAAAAUCUGAAUCUAGUCUUUUACUUGACUCUGGCAGUGUGUUUAGUCCUGCAGACAGAGGUUUAACAUUGGACUUGGAAUACCUGAUGACUCCAUCAAAUGACAGAAAGCUCUCUCUCCCACAGCUGAUAUCCUUUUCUCCAACCGAAGAUAUACACCUAAACAAGGAUGAGUUUGUGGAUGUGUUUGAGUCCCAGGCAGUAGCAAGCAUGAACAAGACAUUUGAAUUUGCAUCAGAUCCUCUAAAAAGCACAGACGAAGGGCUGGGGCAACUCAUACAACUGUAAAACUAUAAAAUAUAUAUUUUGUAUGUAAGGUGUUUUGAAAAAUGUAAGUAAGACGAACAAAUAGGUUAUUUUUUGUAAAUGUACACUGUUUACAAUGCUAAAUGUUGCACUAAAUUAAAGCUUAAAACAAGCAUCUGAUCUUGUUAUAAAAUGUGUAGAGGUCUUAUGUAAUUUGUAAAUUUAACAAUUGUGCUGUAUCUUUUGUUUUAUAAUUGUGCCCUAUAUUGAGUCUUUCAUAAUAGAACUUAAUUUUUAAGGAAGGAAAAAACUUACCGCCUGCGUUCCUUUGUGCUAUCCUUAAACUGUCCAGCUGAAAGAUUUCAUCUUCACGCUUUGCUUGGGCCACUGAACUGUGCAACCAAAUAUAUAGCAGUUUGUGCAAAACUAUUCUGAGCUACAAUUUAUUUUGACUUGGUUUUGUUUAGUAUGCUUACUACUGUCCCUUUAGUUUGUAUUUCUUCUCUCCUCAUUUCAUUUCAUCCUUCUGAGUGGUAUAACUAAAUGAUCACUACAACUUGAUUCAAAUCUUGUCUUUAGAGAAUGGGGCAGGCUGCUCAAGUCUAGGUCAGUAAUUGCUAAAACUAUCAACCAUUUGAAAGCAACAUGACUUGCAGUAACACAUAAAUAGCACAUUGAUAAGAUUUUUGCCUCACUAGUUCAGCCUGUUCUGCUUCUCAACAAAUGUCAGACAGCACACAUUAUUUAACCCACCUAGUGCCACACAGUCCAGAGUAUCACAGCUAUCAACAGAAUGUUACAGGUAUUCAAAUGGAUUUUUUUUAUCAAUACUGUCAACUGGCUUGACUGUUGCCAUAUGUGUUUAUAUAUGUAAAUAUAAUUAUUUUAACGUAUUUACCUAUUGAAUGCGUUGACCCUUUUGCCAUAUACUUUUAAUUUAAAAACUUUUUUUUCUCUUGCCAUCCUAUCGAUACAGUCUCACCAGUGCAUAAAGUCCUUGCUGGUUCAUACAUAUUUCAGUUAGGUUUCCUUUGAUUUUCUCAAACCGCAAAUUCUUUGUGUUAAACGGUUUCUGGUUGUGCAUUUGCCAUAGACCAACUUUGGUCUCACUUAUCUGUACAUUUUCCUUGCUUUCUUGAACUUUUGUCAGCCAAUUAUCACAUGUUUUGUUCUUUUAAAUGGCAAUGUUAACUGGUAUGACCAUAUGAAAUUGUAAAUAAAUGUUCAGAAAGAAUGUGUUCUAAAACUAAAGUUUGUGUAAUCUGCUUCCUAAAAUUAUACCUGAUCAAUUCC